AUGUCUGGAAACGCAGCAGCUCUGACGCCUGCCAUGAGGCAGCAGGCAGUCGAAAGUAGUGCUCUCGCCUUUGCAGCUAUUGCUCGUCUGAAGGAUCGAUAUCCUAGCUCGAUUUCUUACCAGGAUCUACUCGAUUAUCUCCUACCCAACGACAAGCAAGACAACGAUGCACUGCUCAGAUAUUUCAACUUAUCCUUGCGGAAGAACCCAGAAGUCUCAUUCGAUCCUAAGGCCAACACGUACCGCUACAAACCUCCUUACGAUGUGGCCAACGCUGAGGAGCUGUUGGCGCUCCUGCAACGUCAAGAGCUGCGACAGGGUAUUCCUUACGACAAGCUCAAACACGGCUGGCCCGAUUGCCUCGAGACGCUCAACCAGCUCGAACGGGAGCACAAGAUUUUGAUCACACGCCAGAAGAAAGAUAGGAUACCAAGGUUCAUCUGGGCUGAUGAACCCUCGCUCUACGUAAGGCUUGAGCCAGAAUUCGUCCAGGAGUGGAAGAAAAUCAGUCUACCCAACCCCGACAAGAUUCGAGUCGAACUGGCUGCCAUGCAGUCUAAAGCCGCGGGUGAAGCUCCGAAACCGCUCAAUGCCGCGGUCACCAAACCGAAGGCCAAAAAAGUCCGUCGGGGGAACAAGGUCACCAAUACACAUAUGCUUCACCUUGACGCCAUAUCCAAGGGUUACAGCAAGAAAUAA